AUGGCUCUUCUCAUCGAGGCCGCACUCGCGGUCCAGGGUGUCAAAGUGAAUGCCAUAGAGAGCACCAUUGGCUAUUCUUUCACCAAUUCCAAUCUCUGCCUCGAAGCUCUCUGGAUCGCAAGUCCAAUCACAGGAGAGGGAGAUAAAAAGCUUGCCCAGGCUGGAGAUGAUGCUGUAAAGCUGGCUCUAGCUGUGUCUGGAUUUGAGAAUGGUUAUUCCAGAGGACAAAUCAGCGAGAUAACAAGCGUCACAGCAUCAAACCGCCAUUUGGGGUACAAGGGGUUCGAAAUUGAGCUACAGGAACAUAUGACUCGGGAAAUAUCCAGCGGGCGACAUCUCAACGAAAACUAUGGCGUUCCUAGACAGCGAUAA